AUUUCUGUUCCCGGAACCUUCCUCCGGACAGAAACAAAGUAACUCCGACCGGCUUCUUCCGGGUCCAUUAAAUCAAUAAUUCAAUAUAAAAACCAGGCAAAUCUCCUGUUAUCAAUCCCCACACAAUAACAGCGGAUCAUCUAAAAAGAUUUGUGAUAAUGGCUAAAGUCUUGGACUCCAACAGCACGAAGCCGGUCGAAAUCCCGCAAAUAUCGUCGGUUUUCGACCCCGGAAACUUGAGUAUAACAAGCUUCAAGGUGGAAAAUCCAUCAACUGCAAAUGGGAAAACCAAGCCGCUGUUUAUCGUUGCACCAACUGAAGAAGGGAGCUUCCCGGUCCUCCUCUUCCUUCAUGGCUAUAUGUGCGCUAAUACCGUCUACACUCAGCUCCUUCAGCACAUUGCUUCCCAUGGCUUCGUCAUUGUUGCUCCUCAGUUGUACACCAGCAUGUUCACGAAGCUAGCUCAAGAAAUCGCCGACGUAGCCGCAGUCACAAGCUGGAUGUCAACGGAGCUUCAGUCCGUCCUCCCGGAAGCCGUCAAGAUCGACCUCACGAAAGUCGGUCUGGUAGGCCACUCCCGCGGCGGAAACGCCGCAUUCUGCCUGGCGCUCGGAAAAGCCGAAUCCUCACUCCAUUUCUCCGCGCUAAUGGGAAUAGACCCGACCGCCGGAUACAACACGCUGUUCCGGACCAAACCGAAUAUCCUCAACUACAUUCCCCGAUCAUUCGACUUAGAAAUCCCGGUCGGCGUGAUCGGGACGGGGUUGGGAAGCCAGCAGAAGAACUUCCUGAUGCCGCCAUGCGCCCCGGAGGGAGUCAACCACGCCGAGUUCUUCAACGAGUGCAAGCCGCCAUGUUGCUACUUCCUGGCUAAGGAGUACGGCCACAUGAGCAUCUUGGACGACGGCGCGGCGAAGGUCGGGGCUUGUUUUUGCAAAGGCGGAUCUCAGCCCAAGUAUUUGAUGAGGAAAGGUGUUGGUGGAAUUGUGGUGGCGUUCAUGAAGGCUUAUUUGAAAGUGGAUGAAGCUGAUUUAGUAAGUGUUACUAAUAAUCCUAAGGCGGCGCCAAUAACUCUUGACCCCAUUAUCUAUAUUCCGGCUUGAAAGUCAACUUUGAAGAGAUGCAAAUCUAUGGUGGAGAAGAUCGACAUUUAAAUUGGAGGAGAGAAUAAGAUGAACAUGGAUUAAUAUAUGUUGGGUGGUUCAUGCAUGCCAUUUUUACUUUACUUUUUCGAAGUUUAAUUAAUUUCGUAUGAUUGUGAAAUGUGUAAGCGUUGAGUUUUGCUAGUAUUUUCUCUUGUAUGGAUUAUUAUUAUUAAUUAUAUGAUUUAUGUAAUGCAACUUCAAUUUUUAAUUAUUAAUAAGGGUUUAUGCACUGAUGAAGUUUUAUAUAGAGAUUUUUG